GAAGUCUUUCUAAGUUUCCGCCGCAGUGUGAAGUUUUACUCUGAUGGAGUCUGAUCUCCUGAAACUUUGUCGACAAUGAUUCUUCUUCUACGGACGCUUUUUGUGGGUCUGUGUGUGUCUGUGUCCGUCACUCUGAGGGUCUCAUCACGGGGCCCCCUCAACUGCUCACAACAGGGUUUGAAGUGUGACAUCAUGGAGACUAACUGUAUGGACAGGAGCUGGCUGGUUGUGAAUGAAUACACCCCGAGCGGUCCUGAGGAGCUGCAGGUUUCCGUGGAGACGAGGCGGGAUGAGGCGGGUCAGCUGCAGCCGUUCCUGCUCUCUAAGUGGAAGAUAAAGGAUGACGGUAGCAUUCGGUACCUGAACGCCACAGAGUUACACGUCCUGGUGCUGCCGACCAACGAGAACCGCUGUGUUCGGUUCUCUCUGACAGAAACUCUGCCCAUGAGGAGUCCGUCGGGGGAGAAGUGGGCGUUCUCUGCAGACAUGUUGGUGGUGGAGCCCGGUCAGAGUUACAAAGUCUCCGUCUUUAACAUCCCUAAACCAGAGUUAGGACACAGUUACUACGACGUCAGCGCCGACAUCUCCGUUCCCGGUUGUGAAGAUCCCAGGAUGAAGAUGACCCAGUUCUGCGCAGAGCGAGGGAGUAUGUGGGAGGCAAACUUCAGUUUGUCUGCACAAGGAUCAGCUCUGACCGUCAGCUUCAGUCCCGACUCGCUCUGUGACGAGUACGUCAUGAUCGUCCGCUGCUCCACUACAAACUACAAACAUGUAGAGCGAGCAAGCAGGACCAAGCAGACGUCCCUGAAUGUGACAUUCAGCCUUGAUAAAUGGCCGCUCUCCUGCUGCCAAUUUGAUGCAGAGAUCAAACCACUGUUCCCAUCCUGUGGUCAGGACUGUACUCGUCUACAGAGGACGCUUAAUAUUUGUACUGAAAAGAAAAAAGUGAACCCAACAGAUGUCCCCGCUGUCCCCCCGUACACAUUCGUCACAUUGGGAUUUGUGUUUAUGUGUUUGGUGACCAUCGCUGUGGUGUUUGUCCUCUGCAGGAAACCAGGAAAAACUGCUCCCGCUCCAGCCCAUGUGAGAGGAAAGAACCUACAGCUGCCUAAACAGCCUCCCAAAGUGCUGGUCAUCUACUCCCAGGAUCACAGCCUCUACAGGGACAUCGUGCUGAAGCUCUGCGCCUUCCUCCAGGCUAAGUGCGGCACCAAGGUACUCGUGGAUCUGUUGGAUACCACCUCAGUCGGCAUGGUGGGUCGUCUCCGCUGGCUCGAGUGGCAACGGCAGCAGCUCAAAAAUCCCUCUGACAAAAUCUUGGUGCUGUGCUCGCGGGGCGUCCAGGCAAAGUGGAGAGCCAUGUGCGGUCAGGGUCGGGUGGUACUGAGGGAAGAUUAUCUGUCCCCUACAGAUGACAUGCUCACUCCUUUCCUGAACCUCUUCCUACCUGAAAUGCACCAGGCAGGAAUGCUGGGAAAGUACAUGGUGGCUUACUUUGAUGACAUCAGCAGCCAACACGAUGUGCCGUCAGUUUUUGACAUCGCAGUCAAAUACAAGCUGAUGAAGCACUUUGAAGAGCUGUACUUCCGCAUCCUGGAUGAAGAGAAGUAUCAGUCUGGUCAUGUCAAACAUAUCGAGGGCAUCGGAGGAGACGAAUACUUCAACUGUCCCUCAGGUAGUGCUCUAAAGAACGCCAUUGAAACUUUCCAGGCCUUCCAGCUGGGAAACCCGGAUUGGUUUGAGAAGGAGUGCAUGGACGUUGAAGAGGAGGUCAUGACUGAGUCCAAGCAGCUCAUUGACCAGCUGCAGAUUCCUCCAGUCCUAGAGUGUGUUCCACUGAUUCGAGACGGACCUCCUGCCUGCAUCUGUGACAUAGAAAUCAAUGAAAGUGGUCCCAGUGUCCAUGUCUUCACACCUGAACUGAACGCAGAGUGCCAGCUGUCGUCAGUGAUCGAACUUACUCCUCUUGUGAACCCUGAAGCCAACCAGUAUCCUUCAAACCUGGUCCAAGUGUUUACAGAUCACCAAAGCCCCUCUCCAGUUUCUGUCUACUUGGCUGAGCCUGUUGUCAACAUGCCACCACCACCAAGGGACAACUGGCCCUUGCUUCAGGUCGAACCCUCGGGUCAGAGUCCCAGCGAGGACGAUGAAGGGGAUUCCCUUGAACCUGUGAGCCAAAUCUCUUCCCAACCAGACCAGAGAAGCUCUGUCCUUCAGAACUCCUCAGACUCAAACCCUCAUGAAUUCUCUCACGCCAGCAUCCAGAGUGAAUAUUUACCAGAAGUGGAGAACAGUCCCUCUCAGCCCGUGGAGGUCGAGGAGAUUCUAGAGUCUGCUGGAAAGGGUCAGAUCAGUGGAUCAGAUCAAGGCUACAUCUCCAAAAUGUCCUCUCAACAAGAACCCCCUUUUAAAGAUCCACUGGCAGCUCUGAGGAGGCUGCAGGAAGAGCUGUUGCAGGACAGUCUCGCAUACUCUGAUGAACAACCUGAAGGAAACUGAUCUGUCUAAAGGCCGCCAGUAAAAUAAGAGUUAAACUUUGACCAACUUUAACAGUCUUAGAACUUACCCCAUUUGGAUCCCUGAGUACCCUUUAAAGUUGACCCCAGGACUUAAACCUCCCACAGACCUUUCAUUUCAGUUUGCAAAGUGGAUAUUUCUCUCCAGCUGAAGUCAUCCUCUCAUUGAUUGUGGAGUUUGAGGUGUACAAGGUUCUGGAGUCGAGUGGAAAGAGAUCAGAUCAAAGCUUUAUCUCAUUAAAUCAAACACCCCCUUUCAAAGAUCCACGAGGCUCUUAGAGUCCUGUAGGAGGAUCUGUUUCAGGACAAUCUCAGGUAUUUGACGAACAACGUGAAAGGAGGGAGGCCAUCCCAGCAAAAAGUCCUGACUGAGUCUCACUGACUUCUAUCAACCACUUAUCACCUGCAAGGUCACAAAGAUCACCUGGAGGUCCAAACCCUGUGGAACUGGACAGCAGAACUCUAUCUUUAUUGUCUUUUAUUGUCUUUUCAUACAUUUAUACCCAGAAACCUACAGACCAAAUGUACUUUUCCCAAUGUAUAUAUUGCCAAUAAUAUCGUAGAAAGGGUAACUGUUACUACAUUUCUUGGAAUUAUCAUAAAUGAAAAUCUCACCUGGAAAAAUAUAUAACACUUAUUUCAGGCAAAAUAGCAAAACAAAAUAUCCAAAAAUAUUGGAGUCAUCAGAAGAAUAAUGCAUCUGCUAUGAAGAAAAAUCCUUCUUAGUUUAUAUUACACUAUGAUCUAUCCAUACAUCUCAUUUCUGACUCUACUGUAACAUUGUUUGGGCUAGCACCUUUAAAAGCAACCUCAACUGCAUUUCUUCUCUGCAAAAACGGUUCAUCAAAAUGAUCACUUUCUCCAACAGAUUUAGCAGCUCUACUCCUUUGUUCCAGUCCCUAAGAAUUUUCCAGAUCUUCUACCUAAACCAGUUUCAGAUAUGUAUUUUUGUUUUCCAAUCAGUCAACAACUUACUCCCCGUCUGUUUAAAGAUAUAUUUUAAUUCAAUUCUCAAAUCCAUCAUUGCAACACAAGUUCAGCCAGCUUACUUCAUUCUGCAUUUUUCAGGACAUCUUUUUCUCAGAUUCAGAGGACCUCAUUGUUGGAACGAUUUACCCAAUCACAUUAGAAACAGCACCAGCCUCAACUUAUUUCAAAAACAAACCAUUUAUUUCCUGCUUGGCCAAUUAACCAAUCAUAAUCAAAACCAUCAUAAUCAUCUCUGCAAUAAGAGCUUAUUUCCCCUCUUCUUUCAUUUGUCUCUUUCUUGUUUUGCUUUCUUUUACACCUUAUUGAGUAUGUGUUCUUGUUAGCUUUAUUGUUUUUGCUUG